AUGAGUGACCCAAACCCAUCGUCACUCUGUUAUCAUUGUACUGUACGUGAAUGCGAAAAGGUUUGUUACAAAGAUAAAAACGUUAAAGCUUCCGAGAAAAAUGAUUUUGGUGAUUCAAAACCACUCAAGGAUUCAUUGUAUGCCUCCUAUCUCAAGGCAAUGGCAAUCAAAACCAUCCUAUCAGCAUCAUUCUCAGACUUCGUGAACUACUUUGCCAAUUCUGUGGAAGAUGAUGUGAGCCUGGAUGAAAAAAAUGCCUUCCAACUAAAGUAUUCUGGAUUCCCUGAAAACCUCUCACGCUGCGAUAGCUGUUUGUGUUAUUUCUCCACCCGUGCCUUUUGCCACUGCAAGGACUGCUCAAGCGGAGAUGAAAACCACUAUGUGAUUUUGAUGCACGGAAUUCUAUCGACGCCACUCAUGAUGACUGAUUUGUGCAAAGCACUGCUGGAGGCGUAUCCCAGCUUGUUUGUUUACUUUCCAGUAUCAGCGUGCAAAAAAACUCUGCUCGGAACUUCAUACGUGCUCAACCUGCUAAUUGAUGAGCUCAAGAGGUUGUUUUCCAAAAUACCUAACCAUUUCAAACUGAGCCUGAUAGGCCACUCAUACGGUGGCAUACUCCUGAGAUAUUUUUUAAUGUACUAUUUAUUAAAUAAACAAAACUCCGCUGGAAUAACUUCCAAUACACUGAAUUCUACGCAACAUAUCACUGAUUAUAGUUUUAAGUCCUCCGACUCCAACACCACCUGUUAUAAUGACGAGUUGGACCAAGAUUGUACCUUUUUUAGUAAAGAUAUUGUCUGGAAAAACUUUAUUUUCGUAGCGACGCCUCUGGUUGGAACGUUUGAAAACAAUUCUGAGUUAAAGAGACUGGCGAACCUGAUUGGGUCCGACACCAUCUCGGAGCUGGACAACAAAACAAUCGAUCUUCUAUUUUUGCUGAAGGGCGAGGGUUUUUUAAACAGAUUUGAAAAGGUCGUGGCGUACGGAAACAUUUCAGGGGAUAUGAUGGUAGCACCGAGGACCUCUCUGAUUUUGCCAAACUAUCUGGUCAACGAAGAGAAGUUGCGUGAAAUAGCAAAUGUUCUGUACAAAUACCCGGGACAGCCUGCGAACAUUAAGAUGAAUAACAAUAACUUUCACCUAAUAUUCAACGAUGUCACCAAAGUUCUGCAAAACAGUAACCCUCAUUCCCCAGAUAAUUCCUACGCAACUAAAUUAACCAGCAGAUUUAACGAGCUUGUGGACGCCAAGAUUAACAACACCAAGCAUAUGAAAUUUAUUGAGGAUAUGCUGAACGGUAGGCCUGUAUUCAGCGAUGAAGACAAAAUGAGAUUUAGCACGGUAAUCACCGAUAUUGUCAGCAAUGGUAACGUGGACGAGCUUGAGAAGUUUGACGAUGACGACUAUCUCUAUAACCAGAUUUUGAUGGGUCUGCUAAGCAAGUUAAAGAUUUUAAAAUUCGCUGUAUAUAUUCCCAGAAUUCAUUUUCCGCACCGAUCGAUAAUAACUUACCAGUCUCCUAUUUCAAACGACACUUACACCUAUCAAAUACUAGAAAACAUGGUCAAUAUAUUUGAAACGUAG